GAGCACUUUUAGAGAAAAAACUCGCUCAUCGUUUACAAAAAAUGCAAAGAAAUGACCUGAAGAGAGAAGGAUCAGAAGGAAGCAUGUUUGUUUUCAAAGGACAAGAUGAUACAGCUUAUUUUCCAAAGGUAAGAAAGAUGAGUCAUACUGCCAUUGACCAGGUAAUACAGCAAAAAAACCAAGGACCACAAGGAAACCAUGAAGCAAGGCAGCAGGGAGCACGAGGAAACCACAGAUCACGAGAAAAUCAUGAGACAAAGGGACAGCAGAGACCCCAAAGAAGUCACAAAUCACAAGGAAGCCUUGGAUCGAAAGAGUACCGGGGAUCCCAAGGAGACCAAAGAAUAACCCAUGUACCAAAAGGACACCAAGGACCUAAAGGCCACCAGGAACCACUAGGGUCACAGUGCUACCAUGAGCCACAAGGACACCUGGAAGAAGAAGGGGAAAUUCACCGCUGUCAAAGCUAUACCAACAUUUAUGUCGAAAAAUUCACUUCAUUGCAUCCAUUACAAGACUCUCAGACAGCCACAACAGAACCAAAGGAAGAUAAAGCAACAACUAAAACAUCGAGCCCUUUAAGUGGCAGAGGAGUGAAGAGUAGUUCACUUCAUGCUUCAAUUAUUUCUGAUAAACCAAAUGUCCUCAGGCAGUCUCUGGAGGGUACUGAGAAACAAGAGGUAACACGUGCUAAUUUGAGUACAAAAAAGACCAAGAGAACAAGUUUCAGCUGUGAUACAGCUCAGAGAGAUGAGAAAAUCAUCCCUUCUCAUGAUUCAUCAUAUGAACAACAGAACUAUUAUGAAGAUUACUGUCAACAAAAAGUAACUUCUGAAGAGCUGACUGAUAUAAUCCGUAAUGUCAUGACAUGGAUUGUGGCUGCGGUGACCAGCAUAUUAUACCCAGUCAUCACAAAAUACGAAGAAAGGGUGAAAAGUAGCAUGUACCCAAUGUCUGCUGACUCCUCCCUCUCUUCAGAGAGUUCCAGUUGCUGUAGCACAUGCAGUGAAAUGUUUACAUAUAAAACAACAAAGACAGUUCAGGCAGAGCCUGGUGUAAAGGGCGCUGAUAGGUCAAUGGAGCGAACACCCAGCCACACCUUUAAAACCAUCUUCUGCCUAUGCAGAAAGAACAGUUGUAGGAAAAACUCAUCAUGGAAAAGGUAAAAACAUUACUUCUGGAACUCAAUAUUAUGACAUCUGUGAACAUCACAGGCCCCAAACCUGUGAAUCUGAUAGUCACCUUUUUGUAUCAGUUGAAACUGUCACAGUGAAAACCAAGGAUGCUUCCACAGAGACAGAUGCCAUAGAAUUUCUGCUGUCUUCUGAUGAAAAAGCAAAAACUCUCAGUGAGAUGCAUAAGCUCAAACAUGAUUUUGAUAACUUUAAAUGUUGCCUAAAAGAAGAAACUGAGUUGAUUUUAGAGAAUAUUUUUCAAGAACUGGUAUCUUAUUUAACCCAUGCCAUAUCCACUCUUUCCUCAACAACGGCUGAAGUUUUAGUUGACCAAACUGAAACUGACAAAGGAAACUUUCUCUCCAAUUUUGAUAUUUCUCCAGCAGCUUCUGAAAUUGUGGAAAAUUUGCUGGAGAAACUGCAGUCUGCGGUUGAAAAAAAAUGUAGUGAUGUGUUUUCCCAGGAAGAUGUCUCGGUCCACUUUAAAUCAGACUUAGCAGCCAGUGGAGAACAGUUCAUUUUCCCUAAAGAACAACCUUCAGAAGCUUCACUGCCUUUUACUGUAGAGAACAUUAGUGAGGUUGCAGAGGAUAUGGUUCAUGUGAUUUUAGAAAAGCUGGUAGCUCUUAUGUCUUUGAAGCAAAACGAGCUUGGGCAUCUCGAAAUUACAUCUGGACUUUCUCAUCAGGAAUACAGGAAAGAGCCAACACAUACAGUAUUUGAAAAAGCCAGCAAAAUGAAAUCUAGUGCUGAACCCGAUGCAGCUAAUUUUAUUGACAAGGAAGUCAUACAAAAUUUAGUGUCAAAUAUUUUGUCCCAGUCCUCUGUGGUUGGUUACAUAAAGGAAGCAAUCAGCAUUGUACUAGGUUACAUACAAACUGGACUUAAUAAUGAAAGGCUUAUUGCAACCCAAGAAACGGUAGUCAUUCUUCAGCUACUUGACCAUAUCUUGACUCAGCUACAUCAGAAACCAGUAAAAACAUAUGCCCAGAGGAGUAGAUGCCACAGACUGAGCAGUCCUUCUAGCACUGAGGGUGAAAGUAGAUUUACCAGCACUAGAAGAGUUGAUGGUUCGAAACACGGACAACCGUUUCCACCUAUCAAUGUUCCUGGAAUGGUUAUUUACUCCGAAGACGAAAAUGAGGAAAUAAACAAAAUCGUGGAGAAUGUACUGAUUUUAUCUGUCAAUGAUGAAAAAACACAAUUACAAGGACAAGUUCCUGAUCACUGGUCAACAAGAGGAAAUGCUGGUCUCAACUCUAAAAGAAUUGUCAACUCACCUACAAGAUCUGCUUGUCAAGGCAAAAUAGCAUUUCAUGAUUGUGAGUUAAAGACUGACAUUCCAACAUUCAACAAUAAAAAUCUUUUUAAGGAUAAGCCAUAUUUAAAUAAAGACAU